UCCUCCACGUGAAGCUGUCUUGGGCUGCGGGCCGACUCGAGAGCACCUGGUAACCAGGCUAGCCCUCUGUCAGUCACCCAGGGCAGGGCAGCAUGGUGCGGAUUCAGAGGAGGAAGCUUCUGGCAUCUUGCCUGUGCGUCACAGCUACUGUCUUUCUGCUCGUCACACUCCAGGUAGUGGUUGAGCUGGGAAAAUUUGAAAGGAAGAAGUUUAAAAAUUCUAAUUUGAAAGAUGGACAUGCACAAAUGGAAGAAGAGCCUAUACAUCUCCAUCCACUCCUUAAGAGAGAAGGACUGAUCCUGAAUAGGAAAAAAACAUUGGCAGCUGAUAGCUACCCCAUCAUGCUCUGGUGGUCCCCACUGACUGGGGAAACUGGAAGGCUAGGCCAGUGCGGGGCAGACACUUGUUUCUUCACCAUCAACCGGACCUACCUCCAUCAUCACAGGACCAAAGCCUUCCUCUUCUAUGGUACUGACUUUAACAUAGAUAGCUUACCUCUGCCUCGGAAAGCCCAUCACGACUGGGCCCUUUUUCAUGAAGAGUCUCCGAAAAACAAUUAUAAGCUCUUUCACCAGCCAGUCAUCACCUUGUUCAACUACACGGCCACCUUCAGCCGGCAUUCCCACCUGCCACUAACUACCCAGUACCUGGAGGGCACAGAAGUCCUGAAGUCACUCCGAUACCUGGUCCCCUUGCAGUCCAAAAACAACCUUCGAAAAAGCCUCGCUCCUCUGGUGUACGUACAGUCCGACUGUGACCCACCCUCAGACAGAGACAGCUACGUUCGAGAGCUGAUGACGUACAUUGAGGUCGAUUCUUACGGCGAGUGUUUGCAAAACAAAGCUCUCCCUCAGCAGCUGAACGGUCCAGCCUCUAUGGACGCUGGUGACUUUUAUAGGAUCCUUGCCCAGUAUAAGUUUAUCCUUGCUUUCGAGAAUGCGGUUUGCGAUGACUACAUCACUGAGAAGUUCUGGAGACCUCUGAAACUGGGGGUCGUCCCUGUGUAUUACGGAUCACCCAGCAUCGCAGACUGGCUUCCAAGUAAUAGAAGUGCUAUCCUGGUGUCAGAAUUUUCUCACCCUAGAGAACUGGCAAGUUACAUCCAACAGCUGGAUCACGACGACAGACUGUACCAGGCCUACAUAGAAUGGAAGCUGAAGGGUGAGAUCUCGAAUCAGCGACUUCUCAGUGCUCUCAGGGAACGGAAAUGGGGGGUGCAGGACAUCAAGCAGGACAACUACAUCGACGCAUUUGAGUGUAUGGUGUGCUCCAAGGUGUGGGAUAACAUUAGGCUCCAGGAAAAGGGCUUACCACUCAAACGAUGGAAGGCAGACAUUACCCACCUGAGCUGUCCAGAGCCUACAGCGUUUGCUUUCUCACCCCUCGCCCCACGUCGGAGCUCUUUGCGAGAGAUGUGGAUACCAAGCUUCCAACAAUCCAAGAAAGAAGCCCAAGCACUAAGGUGGCUGGUUGAUAGGAAUCAAAACUUUUCAACUCAAGAGUUUUGGGCCCUAGUAUUCAAGGACUAAUAUCAAAAAGUGUCAGAGUUUUAUUUUCUAGGUUGCCUUAAUAUCUGAAUAUAAUAGCUGCUCUGUGGAAAACCCACUAGGAUGAGAAUUAAUGGGUGCAGUACUCAUAGUGAGCUCUAUUGAAUAAUAGAUAUGAGUUACCCCUAGGGGUCACUUCUCUGUUUUCUAUAGUAAAAAAGAAAUAUUUCUUAUGAACACUGGUCACCUUCAGUGUACAUGUCUGGACCCGCAUCCCUGCCGCCUUGUGUGGAAAUACACCUACUGUAGAAUGAGUGUGUUCCUUGCUGCAAGGAAAGAGUCCUUGCAAGGAAGGCAGAGGGUGUAGCUGUGGAUUCUUACACUCACAUCACUGUCUGUAGUUAUUGGUGUUUGGCAAGCCCAGUGUCCCGACGCUGAGCAGGAUCAUGUGAUGCGUUAGAACUUGGCAAUGAGAGAUGCCAUCUGUUGGUUUCCAGGGAUGUGAGUGAGUAGUGAAGGCUGCGUGGGGUUGAUCCGCUGUCUCCCCAGGUCUAAAGAACAUAGCAUGUCUCUGCCUCUUCCAUACUUUCAACCACCUCUCCCGCCUUUCUUAUUACCGCCUUGCCCUGCAUCCUCCCCCGUUCCUCCCCGGAACAAACGUCUUGGGAAGACGUGCCUCUUCCUUGUGUGUUUUGGGUGGUGAGUAGUUCCCUAUGUUCCCUUAUUCCACAGAGCAGAAUAGUACAGAGAGUCCUGUGGUUCAGGCUGGACAGGCUGCGCGUUUUGAUCGCUGUGAGCAUGAAGGUGAGUGCCCUGGGGAACUCCAGUGGUGUGGAAGCGGAUUUGUCUUGUCUUAGGGUGAUGCGCAGCCUGCAGUGGUGGGCAGCCCUGCCAGUUUGGGAGCAUUCCCUGUCAUUUCUGAUCCUGUCACAGAGGAGUUUCACCUGUCUUCUCUGGAGCUUCUAUUGGAGCUUCUCGAAAGACAAGGAGAAAACACUGUCUCUCGUUCUCUUUCCUUGUGAGCGUGGGGCGGCUUCUAGAUCACACUAAAACCUGCUGCCACCCAACGUGUGACGGCUUUGAUGUUCUUUAUUGUGGAAAGACGUAAGCUCCAGAGGACAGGAAGAGUCCUGCGUGCUCAUGUCCCUGAUGUGGCACCAGGGGAAAACUGAGGAAAGCACCCUCUCGGCACCAGCUGCCUUUGUAUCGCAGGCCAGUGCCUUUCUGUUCCUGCCAAGGGCGAUCUUUUCCUUACGUAGCUGUCUUUCUGGCUGUGUCAGAGAAAUAAGGACUGAAACCAGUACAUUGUUUUAGCAGCAAGAGGGGUCACAUUGUUUCUCCCCUCUGACUGGGUUCUUCUCCAUCCCAGCUCUGCCAUUAACUAACUAUGAUUUUGAACAAAUCUCUUAACCUCCCUGGGCCUUAGUUUUUGUACCUAAAAAGAAGUGAUUGGGCUGGUCUUAGAAGUUCUUUUCUGUGUAACAUUCUUUAAUUAUCGAAAUUUAAGAAGCUUCAUUUUGUAGAUGUUUUUACUAGGACAGUAACAAACUAGGUUAGAGCCACUGUGUGUUUUUCAAGGGAAGCACACUCUUCUUUAAAGGAGGAAGCAUACUUACUGGGUAGUGUUGGGGAUGGAAAAUAAUUUAUUUAUCUCUCGGCUCUUUUAUCUGAUAAUAUCAAAAGGGAAAGGGUUGGAAAGGCCAGAUUUUAAGUUGUAUUUUAAAUGGGUUUAUUUGUUUGUUUCUUUUCUUCUCUUUCUUUUUUUCCCCACUCUUAAAAAAAGCCCAGGAUAUGAUUUGUGCCUCUGAUGAGACAUUAUCGAGUAGAUUCAGUUCUCCUUCACAAAUGCCUUAAGCAGAUACCCCCAGUGCUUAUGUGCUGCAUGUAGGUCUUUUUUUUUUUAACUUAUUUAAUUAAUUAAUUUAUGUUUGGCUGCGUUGGGUCUUCAUUGCUGCAUGUGAGCUUUCUCUAGUUGUGGCGAGCAGGGGCUACUCUUCAUCGUGGUGCAUGGGCUUCUCAUUGCGGUGGCUUCCCUUGUUGUGGAGCACGGGCUUCAGUAGUUGUGGCACGAGGGCUCAGUAGUUGUGGUGCAUGGGUUCAGUUGCUCUGCGGCAUGUGGGAUCUUCCUGGACCAGGGCUUGAACCCGUGUCCCCUGCAUUGGAAGGCGGAUUCUUAACCACUGUGCCACCAGGGAAGUCCCUGCAUGUAGGUCUUAAACCUCAACAUUUCAUGUGUUUUUUUGGUUCUGCUUGGUUCUUCUUCACGAGUCCAUCGAUCAAAUUCACCCUAAACUUGUAUGCAGUAUGUAGCCCUGAGCAAAUUUAGUGAAAUAAAAUCAUUGCUCAUUUAAUGUGGUAUAAAAAUUUUGUGGAGGAAGAGGAUAAAGGAGAGGGAAUUUCAUGGGAUUAAAAAUGAGGUGUAGGGCCUUCCCUGGUGGCACAGUGAUUAAGAAUCCAUUUGCCAAUCCAGGGGACACGGGUUCGAGCCCUGGUCUGGGAAGGUCCCACGUGCCGCAGAGCAACUAAGCCCUUGGGCCACAACUACUGAGCCUGUGCUCUAGAGCCCACGAACCACAACUACUGUGCCUGCAUGCCACAACAACUGAAGCCCGCAUGCCUAGAGCCCGUGUUCUGCAACAAGAGAAGCCACCGCAAUGAGAAGCCCGCUCACUGCAAUGAAGAGUAGCCCCUGCUCACCGCAACUAGAGAAAGCCUGUGCACAGCAACAAAGACCCAAGGCAGCCAAAAAUAAAUUAAAUAAAAUAAAGAAAUUGUAAAAAAAUUAAAAAAUAAAAAUGAGGCGUAUUUCAGGAAAAUAAACCAAGGAUUCUUUGGAACUCUUUGAGUACCCAUAGAUUUGAGACUUUAUUAUUAUUUUUUGCUUAACAUAUGUGUCUUUUGCAAUAGGGUUUUCAUUAAUAAGAUAAUGCCUUCUUGUCUGUGAUAAUUGCUGUCAUGGAGUGAUUCUUAUCUGCAAAACGGGAGCUCUGCUUUUGGAGUUCCAUGGAAGGCCCUCUGUGUAUUUUAUCUCUGUUGACCCCAUCAUAAGACACCUUUCUCUUUACCUCAGUGACUCCAUUUUUGAAAUAUGAUUCAACAAGUGUCCUACCUCACAGGCUGUUGUGUGGAACGGCUCAUGGCUUUGAAGGACUUCCUGCAAUGCAGCUUUCUGUUUAGUGCUUCAGUACGCUUUACUUGGAUUAUUCUCAAAGACUGAUUUUCAAAGCAGUAUGACAAGGUGGGCAGAAACCUUUUCAGAAAUAUUGAAGAAAAUGAUUACUAAUGUUAGUUAAUAGUCCUUACUUCUUCACCUGAAAAUGGAGGCAACUUUGACCUUUGGUCACAUAGCAAAUAUAAUAUUUCAGAAUCUGAAUGCUGACUGGCUUCUUUGUUGCUCUUAAGGACUGGAUUCUAGCAACUAAAAUAUCAGUUGAGGUCAUUAUCGUUAUUAGUAACAGAUUGAAUGCAUACAGUGUUCUAUGCACUUCUCAGAAAUAAAGACAUAGGCAAAAAUGAGCAUCAUUCUUUCAGGGUCAAACAUGUACUACACAUAAGAGAAUGGCUCAGUAUCAAUAGAACACCUUAAGGAUCUAAGCACAGUACAGACCUGAACUUGAAAUUUGAAAUACCCAUUGUAAUAUUGUGCAUUAAAAAUUAUUAGUAGCACAUAAUUCCUGCUAAAGACAACAAUUCCUUAGGGGAAUCCAGUGUAAAGUUAAUUUUCAAUGAAUAAUGUUGAUUAUCUAAAGCCAGGAGUGUAUAACUCUGCAUAAAUGACAUAUGUCUUUCUUAGAAUCUUCAAAGUAAACAGUAUAGAAGCCCAGAGGCCACAAAUAAAGGUAGUCAGUUUAUGUUUCAAGUACCUUUGCAAUCUUGAAUAUUUUACACAGAAUUUCUUCGCCCUUCUUUCGGAAAUUUCUUUCCUUUGUUUCCAUUUUUGUUGUUGUUGUCGCUAGGUAAUAUCUUAGAGGAUAAUAUCUUUACCGCAUAAUUCUAAUGUCAACGUAUAUCUUUAUUUCCUUCUGAUUACAGAAAUGAAAAUGCUUUAGGAACUCAGAGGGAAUAUAGAAUUAUGAGCUAUGACUGGAAUGAGAAAGACCUGAUUUUAGUCCCUACUCUUUGAUGUACCAUCUUUAUUACCUUGGUCAAGUUAUUCGACCUUUUAAAGCUGUAUCUUGUUCAUGUGUCAAGUUUGCUCCCUGUGAGGUUGUUGUGAUGAUUAAGUAAGCUUGUGUUCAUACUUCUCUCAGUAAAUGCGAGCUGCAGUUGUUCCAGCUAUCUGUGGCCAUCACCCUUUUGUUUGUGAAGACCCGGGUUGAGGUUGGUUCAGGAAAAGGGAAUGACUAAUGAUUGGACCAGGGAUGGUACCCUUUUGUUCUUCGUGUAGUUGUUUCAAACAUAUUUAUUGUUAUGAGAUGGGCAUUGUGGUAGGCCCUGUAGCAGAUACAAGCAGGACGAUGGAGAAAGGUGUGAGGGGCGUUGUGAUACACGGAUGGUGUUAAAACCAGGGACAGAGGAAAGCUUGAAUUGUACUAUAACUGUCUCUCCCUUCCAUGGGAUUUCUGAUGGAGUUUUACACAAAGUUCCCAAGAGCAUAAUGAAACUCAGCAACCUCUUUAUAGUAGCUGUGCAAACCCAAAUAAACCCAGUGCAGUGAACUCUGGUAAAAGCUGGAUUUGAACAUAUAAUUUAGAUUUGAAGCCUAAGGAGCAUCUUUGAUGGUCUUUCUGUUUCUCAAUCCUCAGUCUUAGGACCAGCCUGUUCAAUGUGCCAAGAGAAAGGAGAGAAAGUCUGUAGGUCCUCACCCUGCUUACUCAUUAACCAAGAAUCAAAACAGGAAUAAAAGAGGGGGAAACCUCUUAGGAGACAAGCCCUCUUUGCUCUCCACUUGCUACGGAUGCAAGAAUAUGGGGUGCGUUGCAUGAGAUCUCCCUUUUAAGUCAUAGUAACCUCUCUGACUAGUAAAUGUGACCUCAUCAAUAUCCUGGGCCCAACCCAUUAAAUUAGUGACCCGUUGGUGCUGGUGGAAGGGGGAUUAUUAAGGACUUGGGCAGGAUGCAAGGUGUGAGAAGGGGCAGGAGUGACCCUCCAUGAUUUUUGUCCUCUCAACUCAUUGGGCUUAACAGCCAAGCCUGGGGUCAGUCAGAGGUGGACCGUAUCCCCAGGAGGGUAUGACCUAUCAUGAUCAACAGAGACCUCCUUUCACCUUCCUGGGCUUCUUCCCUGAUAACUACCCUUGCUCUGUGGUAUCCCCCUGGAGCCAGUGACAUGAGCCGUUCAGCUCUUUGUCUCUGGAAGCUUCUGAAAUGAAUCAGACUGAACGUUGAUCAAUGUCUCGAGGAGAAUUGUGAACAUUAAGUCAAAAAUUUGUUCCCUAUUUUAUUUCCCAUUGCAAACCAUGACUUCAUCUUCCAACUUCGCUCACCAGAGGAGGUUAUACAACCAGCCCCAAUAGGCCAUUACGAAUACGUGGAAUUUUACUAUCACUAACUCCUUAAUUUAAAAAAAAAAACUGAUUGAGUAGGUAAUUAAAGAUUUUGGAGACUAUCAGUGUAGGUAUCGGGUGCCAUUAAUGGUUUUAAGGCAAGGGCAGUAUCCCAGGAGCCUUUGGAAUGAGCCUCACAAAGAUUGCUUCUUAUGUAUACAGAGUAAACGUGACUGCAGACUCAUCUGAUGAGUCACACUCACAGAAAAAUAAAACCAGUUUACUUAAUGAUGUCCUUGAUGAAGUAAUAAAA